CUCCGAAACAGUUCUCUUCGCAUACUCUGACUGACAACUGGCCAAGCGCUCCAUAAAGGCAGACUAAAGCUGAAGUGUGACCAAGCAAACUUCAUAGGAGGAGGAUAGAAUAUACGCUUUACUCGACGUCGCAGCAGAAAGAAAGAAAUGCUCGUCCCGUGCCUGUGAGAUGUGAAAACUGCCUUCUUGUGAACUAAGUAACUACUAUUGAACGAUGGUUUUGGUGGCCGCACUGGCUGGAUGAUGUGAUAUGGUGAUGAUUGAGGUCUUCCUGCAGUUGUGGCCUCGGCGUUCUUGAGAUGAGCAACUAUUCUUCGUCGUCAUCCACGGAACAAAUCAAGCAUCUGGGAGCUCCAGCAGCACCAAAAGCGACGACAUCCGAUAUACGCACGGACAAUGAAAAGCUAGUUGUGAGGCAGAAAAUCAAUAAUAGCAACAGCAACUACAAUCGUUCUAGUUCUGCGGGUGCAUUGAGCGAAAUAGUGCCAGCACCACACUACCAGAGCGAAACUGCAUUGAAGGGCAGCUGUGAUAGUAUUGGUAUCGGUGAUAUUAGGGAAGACUGCAACGAAAUGACCAUCAACGGUGGAAGCCCAUCAGGGGACGAAGGGGUGGUGGAAUCUCCCGUGUUGGGCAACUCGCAGACGUCCUUGAGCGAAGAGAGGCUACGCAGGAAGCUGCAAUUUUUCUUCAUGAACCCGAUCGAGAAGUGGCAAGCUAAGCGACGAUUCCCCUAUAAGUUUGUCGUGCAAGUAAUCAAAAUCAUAUUAGUCACGCUUCAGCUGUGUCUUUUUGCGCACUCUCGAUAUAUGCACGUCAAUUACACGUGGGACAAUACGAUUACGUUCUCGCACAUGUUCCUUAGGGGAUGGGACAUCACGAUGGAAGUCAGCACGUACCCACCCGAGACGGGACCCCUAUCGGUCUACGUAAUCGAAGAUUUCUUCAAAACCAUCGACUACGCUAUCGAUGGCUACGCAAACCUUGGGGAAGCAAUUGGGCCGUACUCUUAUCCCAACGAAGACAAUACGAUGGCGCCAAUGCAGUUCUGUCUGUACCGAUACAAGGACGGUACCAUUUUCGGGUUCAACGAGAGCUACGUCUUCAACCCGGAGAUCGACACACUCUGUCUGGAUCUAGACAGCAACGUCACAACCAUUGGCAGCCGCAAAUAUCUCCACCAGAAAGAUAUCCACAUCAACUUCUCGGCAUUGGUCAAGGCUGAGCUCAGUUUCGCCAUUAAAACGGUCAAUUUCAAAGCAGCUGGUCCCAUCACAGCCCCCGAUUGCUACCAGUUCGACAUACAAAUCCUUUUCAACAAUCAAGAUCACGACGGACAGAUGACUUUGAGGCUCGAAGCGGAACCCAAGCGUCUCAUUUGCCACGGUGACGUCGAGUUCAUCAAGAACUCCAGAAUCGACGACGCUCUGCGUAGUGCUCUCAACAUCCUCGUGAUCGUCAUCUGUGCCGUCUCGUUUGCACUUUGCGCCAGAGCCAUUUAUCGUGCACAACUGUUGCGAAUGAUCACUUCCGACUUCUUCCGGCAAGUCUACGGUAAAGAUCUCACCAUCGAAGGCAAAAUGGAGUUCGUCAACAUGUGGUACAUCAUGAUCGUCUGCAACGACAUCCUUCUCAUCAUCGGCUCCGCUCUCAAGGAGCAAAUUGAGAAGAAACAUUUCAUUGCGGACGAUUGGAACCUGUGCUCGCUGCUCCUCGGCAUCGGAAACCUAUUGGUCUGGUUCGGAGUCCUACGAUACCUCGGAUUCUUCAAAACCUACAACGUCGUAAUCCUCACUCUCAAAAAAGCAGCCCCAAAAAUCCUACGAUUCCUUUUGUGUGCCCUCCUCAUUUACGCCGGCUUCACCUUCUGUGGCUGGCUGGUUCUCGGACCCUAUCACAUCAAAUUCCGUUCCCUUUCCACAACUUCAGAGUGCCUGUUUUCCCUCAUCAACGGAGAUGACAUGUUCGCCACAUUCACCAUAAUGUCGGAGAAAUCCAUCAUGCUGUGGUGGUUCUGCCGAAUUUAUCUCUAUUCCUUCACCAGCCUGUACAUCUACGUGGUCCUAUCGCUGUUCAUCUCGGUCAUCAUGGACGCAUACGACACGAUCAAAAAGUAUUACAAAGACGGCUUCCCGCAGUCCGAUUUGAGGCUAUUCGUCGGUCCGUACCAUCCGAACGACUUCUCCAGUGGCGUUUUCCGCGACGACGACUUCGACUGUGAUCAACGAAUCAAUUUCCUCGAAUCCCUGAAGCGGAUAUUUUGCUCCUGGCGGAGGGAUAGUGGCAGAGGACCUACCGGAUAUACGUCCCUCGCUCCGAAGGCGUCGUCUUCCUCGUCCACCGGAGGCUACAUCUCGUAAACCGAAGUGAUUUCUUUUUGUUGUAACUGAUAUUAAGAAAAGUUAUUCCAGUAGCCUUUUUUACGUUCACUGUUAUGUAUCACGAUUAGCUUGUAAGUCAAAAUUCGAACUGCGACCAAAUAACUUGGAGUCCUUAUUUAGGAGCAAACAAAAACCAAGCCAUUGAUUGUUCUAGGUUAAAUGUUAUAGAUUAAAUUGGUUUUUCUGCCGCUCAAAUACAACACUGUAACGGUUAACUUUGUAUUGUAGUGAAAAUUAAUAAGGAAAUGAAAAUAAAUCGAGGGAGGUCUCGGAGUUUUAUUUGAUGAAAUAAAAUAACCACUACAUUCUAACUAGUAAUCUAGUCUAAAACAA